AUGCCUUAUAGAGUACAGGUUUUACGCAAGAGAUUCGCGGAGGAGUUAUUUAAUGUCUAUCUCAGGCAGGGAAAGCUGCGGUUACAGAAGUGGUAUGUACCGCUGUCUGACAAGGAAAGGAAGAAGAUCUCCAGAGACCUGGUCCAGACCAUACUGGCCAGGAAGCCUAAAAUGUGCAGCUUCUUGGAGUGGAGGGACCUCAAGAUUGUAUAUAAGAGAUAUGCCAGCCUGUAUUUCUGCUGUGCUGUAGAGGAUCAGGAUAACGAGCUGAUCACCCUAGAGAUCAUCCAUAGAUAUGUGGAGUUGCUGGACAAAUAUUUUGGCAGUGUGUGUGAACUGGAUAUUAUCUUCAACUUUGAGAAGGCUUACUUUAUCCUGGAUGAGUUCCUACUGGGUGGGGAGGCGCAGGAGACAUCCAAGAAGAAUGUGCUCAAGGCCAUUGAGCAGGCUGAUUUGCUGCAGGAGGAGGCUGAGGCACCACGGAGCGUAUUAGAAGAAAUUGGGCUGACAUAAACCAUCACAUUGCUGUAUCAGGCAACCUCCAUGUCUCUCCAUUAUCGUUCUGUUCACCAUCUAUGUACUGUUUUCUUCUGUACUAUCUUGUAAUGUCCAUUCAAUGUGGUGCCAACUGUGGGUUUAAUGUGUUUGCUUUGUACAGUCCCUCUGACUGUGUACUGCAGUAUUGUUAGCAUACGUCAGGACCCUGAUUUCUUAACACUCCACACACAACAAUGUAGCGAUAUGAAAAAUCCAGCGUCAUAUUAAGAUCAUCAUCACCGAUUGCUGAGUUGUGUGAUGCUAGGCUUGAAGGUGCUGUUGUAGCACGGUUGGUGCUUCUCAUGAAUUACCCUCACAUUGCAGUGACAGAGCUAAGCCUCUGAAUUAAUAAAAAAUGAAUACUCAGCUCAGAUCUUUGAAAAGCCCAGAAGGUUGUUUAGCAAAACCUAAUAGCUGUUACAGUUUUUGCCUCUGGGGCACUUCUAUCUUUACACAGUAUCUACUCUCCUCAAAUAACCUUCCGCCUGUGUGGUUGAAAAUAUAAUCUGUCUCACACAAGAACAAAAAACCUUUUCUUCAUGCAGCUAGGUGGAAAUUACAUGACUGUGCCCUUAGUGAAGAACAGCUAAAUAUGGAUGCAUUUAUUUAACUGUAUUUUAUGUUACAGAAACAGCAUAUAACAGUAUAACUAGCAUUUUGAUUUUCUACAAAUUCAGCAAGGAGACAUCAUUUUGAGCUAACAACGUUGUUUUAAAUUGUUGAUGUUUGUCUAUAAGGCUGUACAUGGUCUGGCACCUUCAUAUAUUUCUGAGCUUGUGCGCUU